CAUAAACUCAUAAUUCAUAAAACGGACUGAAUAUAUAUAUAAAAUCGACACCAUAAAAAAAAAUAUAUAUAUAAUAUUGUGGCAAAGGUAUUAAUAAAGACAGCAAUAUUUUCCUGUUUAUCUGCCAACACACUACACACAUGCUAUCCUAAUUUCUAUAUCCCAAACCACACUGUCUACUUCACCUCCUGCCAACUCUCAGAUAACAGAAUAUCACCCCUUUUCUUCUGUCUCUCAUUUUUCUAUUUCAAGCUUCAUUCAAUGUAAAUAACCAUCAAAUUAUGGCAGACCAAUGUGAUCUUCAAAUCCAUAUCAAUGGCCAACAAACAUUCUUUCUCAAUCAGAAAAUUGUCUCAGCUUUUUCAGGAAAACUCAGGAAAUUGAUCAAACAAGAAAAGAAAAGAACUCAAAUCAAGAAAUUAAGCUUUACCCUUGAAGAUUUUCCUGGAGGUUCAGAUGGGUUUGAGCUAAUUUCAAGAUUCUGUUACAACAAUGGUAGAAUUCCAAUCACAGUUCAUAAUGUCUGUCAGCUCUAUUGCGCUUCGAUUUUUCUGAACAUGACUGAUAAGUACUCAAGUUACAAUCUUUUUCAACAAUCAGAAACUUUUCUUGAUGAAAUGUUUCAUUGGUCUUGGGGUGAUGUUCUUGAAUGUUUAAGAACUUGUGAACCCUUUUUCACAAUAGCCGAUUCAAGUAAUCUCAUUGAUAAACUCAUUACCACUUUGCUUGCGAAAAUUGCUCAAAACUCUGAUAUAUCCCUUAUCUUUUCAUCGAAUUCUUCCUCCUCAUCUUCUCCUGAUAACACAAUGUCUCGUAGACUUCGCCUUUCGAAUUCAUCAUAUAAGACUAAUACACCAGAUUUGAGCAAACCACUGUCAUCUUCAAGCACCAAUAACACCAUUAGCAAUACUACUAGUAGUAACACAAAGGCUUGGUGGUUUGAUGAUUUGGCUACACUAUCUCCAAUGGUAAUAGAGAGGGUAAUUCGGAAUUUGGGUGCUUUUGGGAGUGACAAUAACAGCCUGUUGCUCACCAAAUUCGCGCUUCAUUACCUUAAAACCGCGCUUCAGAGCAAGAAGAACUGCUCUGUAUACUCGAAAGCUGAUUACAGUGGGCUUGCAGAUACCGCGAUUUAUGGAGUGAUUCUGAUGGGAAGAACUGCAUUUUCUUGCAGAGCAUUGUUUUGGGUAAUGAGGCUAGUAACAGGAUUUGGACUCAGCAGAGUCUGCAGAAGUGGAUUGGAGAGACUAAUAGGCAGUAUGCUCGAUUUAGCGAAACUCGAUGAUCUGUUAGUAUCAGGACAUAGUAUUGAAGGGAAUCAUCAUGUUGGAGGUGUUUAUGAUGUUAAUCUUGUAAUAAGAUUGAUUAGAGUGUUUGUACAUUGUGAAGGUGUUUCAAUAGCAAGAUUAAAGAAAGUGGGGUGGUUGGUUGAUCAGUAUUUGGCAGAAAUUUCACCUGAUCAGAACCUGAAAAUCUCCAAAUUCAUAGGUGUUGCUCAAAGUUUACCAGAUUCUGCUAGGGAUUGCUUUGAUGGAGUCUACAGAGCAAUUGAUAUCUACCUUGAGUCUCAUCCGACCCUCUCAUUUGAAGAACGAUCAAGGUUAUGUCGAUGUCUUAACUACGAAAAACUAUCCUUAGAAGCAUGCAAGGACCUAGCAAAGAACCCGAGGAUUCCUCCUAGGGUUGCAGUUCAAGCACUUGCUUCUCAAAAACAUGCAAAUUAUGAGCCCCCUACAAAAGCAAAUCAAUUGGAAUACUAUUGUGAGAGCCCUAGUACAAACAAGAGUAACAACAAACAAAUUGUUGUAUAUGGAUCGGAAGGAGUAACAACACAUCAAUAUCACGACGAAGAUGUUGAAGAUGAAGAAGAUGAUGAUGAAUGUAUAUCACAAGGAAGUGAAGACAUGAAGUUGAACAUGCAAAGAAUGCAAUGGAGAGUGUUAGAAUUGGAGAAUUUGUGUAAGGAAAUGAAGAGUCAAAUGUCCAAAAUGGCGAAGCAUAACAAAUCAUUUAGCUCCCCAACAUACAAUAGACCAACAAGACUUUGUUAAUAUUUUCUUGGCCUUUUUUUUAUCUUUUUUAAAAUUUUCUCCCUAUAACUGUAUAAGAUGGUUUUUUUUUCCCCCUUUUCUUCCCAAUAUAUGCCUUGUUUUAAUUUUUGGGUCUCUAUAAUUGGUGUAAGGUUGUAAAUUUGAGGCAUGUUUUUGUUAUAUUUCAAUAUAUAUGGUAAUUAAAAUUAUGUGCUCAAUAACUAGUUUUACUUGUAUGC